CUCUCUCUCUCUCUCUCUCUCCUGUCUGCCAUUAACGACCACCAGUUGCUGUUAUGGAACACGGGUCGUUCCAGGAUCAAUCAGCGUCAACAUUUUCUUUGACGGAUGAGGAUCAUACGCUCGCAAAUUCUCUCAGAUUCACUCUCAAUCAAGAUCCGAGGGUAACAUUCUGUGGGUACAGUAUUCCUCAUCCUUCUGAUGCUAGAGUCAAUAUAAGAGUUCAGACAACUGGUGAUCCAGCAAGUGAGGUAUUGAAAGAUUCGUGCCAGGAUCUGAUGCUGAUGUGCCAGCAUGUUAGAAGCACUUUUGACAAAGCUGUUGCUGAUUUUAGGAAUGCACAAGGUCUCAAGGCCAUGAAGAUUGACCAAUGAUGGAAAUGUCACUCUCAACACCUUACCGUUUUGUGUUUGUUUUGAUACUUAAUAUAGCUGAUGUCGAACGUGUAGAACUCCCAUAAAUUUUUACUUUCCUUGGUUAAUGCUUAUCUUAUAGUGUUUAUGCUUGCAAAACUUUCAAACACAAAGCUCCUUAUGAGAAAAUGCAGGUCCCCCUCCUGAAGCCUGCUGCUACCU